UGCUAUUCACGGUCCUCCACUCACACAGAAAGAGUCCUGCCAGUCACAGUGUCCGUUCACAAGGAAUCAACAGCGCCAAGUCCUUUAUCCUCUCGUCAGCCUACGUGUUCGCGUCGUUCGUGUUUGCUUCUGUCGUUUUCUUUUGUGCUCGAACCCCCCAACAUGAAGUACUUCAUUGCCAUCGCUCUGCUGUUUGCCGCCGCCCAGGCCGUGCCCAUUGAGCUGGGCCACUAUGGACCCGCGCUGGUGCAUCAUGCGCCCGUGCUGACCCACGCCGUUCAUGCUGUCCACGCCGAGCCUGUGGCCUAUCCCAAAUACAGCUUCAAUUAUGGCAUCAAGGAUCCCCACACUGGCGACAUCAAGUCGCAGGCCGAGGAGCGUGAUGGUGACGUGGUGAAGGGCCAGUACUCUCUGGUUGAGCCCGAUGGCUCGGUGCGCACUGUCGACUACACUGCCGACGAUCACAAUGGCUUCAAUGCCGUCGUCCACAAGACCGCACCCAAGAUCCUGCACCAUGCGCCCGUAGUGCACGCCCCCAUCCUGUCGCACGCCCCCCUGCUGCACCACUACUAAGCGCAGAUCAGCUGGACAACGACGCACAGGUGCUCCAUAUCUCAAAAACAAAACACACACAAAAAGCGCAGCAGCAACCACAGCAGAAUCAUAGGAACCACAAGAA